AUGGAAAGUUACCUCCGAAUAGACAGCUGUGGGAAUCUGAAUGAGGCCGUACCAGAAUCACUGAAGAACAUGCUGUUAGUGAUGGCAAGCACUGGGCUAUUUGUGUCUGUUCCCGGACUGCACCAGAUGACUGUCAGCAGAAUGGGUAACGUAUUACCGCAACUCAUUCGUGACACUCUUCCAGAGACUCCACCGCCAGUGGCACCGCCUCAACCGGAGCCCAAGUCGUUGACGUCGGUGGCGUCGGCAAGUCGAAUAGGAGGAUCGCGAGUUCAAAUAGCGCCUGCUUUACCGUCACCCGCUGAGGAAUCGUUACCGUUUGCAACAACAACGCCCGCUUCACAGCCAGCAGCAGCACCAGACACCUCAGUCGCCGACUCGGCGCCCUUAUCGACCGUUCCUGCAUCGGCGGACCACGCUCAUCUUGACCACGAAUCAGCCACUGUCCCGUCUGCUGCAAAAGUUCCUGCUACAGCACCUGUGAAUAUACCUGAAUUGACGGAGGUAAUAGUGCACUCGGGCGCCGUUUCGCCAGCAUCUGCGUCGUCUCCUAUAACCGGAUCGUUACCACUUAGUACUGCUUCACAGUACAGCAUGGUUUCAACCGCAGCCGACGCAGACGUGGCUUCUGAUUCGACUGCCCAGGCUCCAUCGUCAUCGCAUGCUCCAGUCCAACCUCCAGCUCGUCCACAGCAUCAGCACUAUCAAGAAGUUUCGUCAUCUCCACCUGUUUCACAAUCGCAGUACUACGCACAACAGCAGCUACAACAGCAGCAGUACCAAUAUCCGAACUAUGCAGUGAACUACCAUCCAGCAGCAGCAGCUGCCUAUGCCCAACACCAGCAAUAUCUUCAACAACAACAUCAACAGUACAUGCCACAAGCGGAUUUGUCAAAGGCAUUUGCUACACCAGUUCCUCCUCAAUAUUCAACGUCGGCUUCGGUCCAGUCCACCCAGUACUCGGUUGCAAAUCCACUACCCAUACCUUCGAUGCCACUCAUAGCUUCACCGCACAGCGCAUUCAGCCAAGUUUCAGAUCUGGUAAACAUUUUUCUACAUUUAAUCUGGCCCAGCAGCAAAACUAUGUUCCUACUCAUCACCACGCUUCCUUUCACUCAACGGCUCAUCCGCCUCAGGAACGGCCAUAGAUUAGUUAUCAGUAUCGAUCGAUAA